CCAUGCUGACUGUUCGUCCCUGUGAUGCUUAUUAUGAGUUGUCCGACCGCGAGCAAUGAGCCGGAGAGCUGCAGCAGCAGCGAGGGCAGCAGCUGCACGCCGUCCUCCAUCACUACCUCAGACCCGUCCUCCACGUCCGGACGCGCUCGCUCCACCCACGGCGAGGCCCCUCCGCCCCCUCCCCUCCCGCCCCCGCCGCCGGGGGCGCCCCCGCCGCCGCUCCCGCCCGCCGGCGCGCCCGCCGGACACAGCGCCAGGAAGAAGCGCCGCGUGCGCAGCUUCUUCUGGAAGCCCAUCCCGGAGGAGAAGGUGCGCGGGAAGCCCAACAUCUGGACCAUGGCGGUGCGGCAGCAGCAGUACCAGAUCGACGUGCGCUCGGUGGAGGAGCUGUUCGGGCAGCAGGAGGAGGCCGGGGCGGGCACCCGGGGGUCAACCCGGCCGGCCGGGUCCUCCACCCAUGUGUCCCGAUCCCGGUCCUUCAAGGAGAGCAGCAAAGACGAGAUCAGCAUUCUUGACUCAAAGAGAGGCAUGAAUGUGGGAAUUUUCCUCAAACAGUUUAAAAAGUCCAACCACUCCAUUGUUGAAGACAUCCGAAAAGGAGAAGGAAAGAUCUACGGAGCCGAGCUGCUCAAAGACCUGCUGAAGCUGCUUCCCGAUGCUGAGGAGAUCAAGAAGCUCCAGACGUUCAAAGGAGACCCAGACAAGCUGGCACUGGUCGAUUCCUUUAUGUUUCUCUUGAUCCAGGUGCCGCGAUUCGAGGUUCGGAUCGAGGCCAUGGUUCUGCGUGAAGAGUUCUCCCCGUGCUGCGUGCUGAUGGGCCACGAGAUCGAUGUCGUCCGCGUCGCCACGAAAGAGCUGAUGAACUGUGAGGAGCUUCAUGCGAUCCUGCAUCUGGUGCUGCAGGCUGGAAACAUCAUGAACGCCGGUGGUUACGCUGGAAACGCCGUGGGAUUCAAGCUGUCAUCUCUCCUCUCGUUGGCCGACACCAAGGCCAACAAGCCGGGAAUGAACCUGUUGCAUUUCGUGGCCAUGGAAGCGAAGAAGAAAGACGAGAAGCUGCUCAAGUUUCCAGAGAAACUUCAGGAUGUCCAGAGCGCGGCCAGGAUUUCUGUGGAGAGCAUCGAGGCGGAGUUCUCCUCGCUGUACGUCCGAAUCAAAUCCCUGGAGGAGAAAGUUCAAGGAGACCAGGAGCUGCAGCAGCAGCUGCAGCCCUUCCUGCAGAGUUCGGCACAGACGCUCCAGGACUUGAAGCGACGCAGGCUGGACCUGCGCAAAGAGGGGAACGCUCUGAUUGACUUCUUCUGCGAAGACAAGGACACUUUCAAGCUGGACGAGUGCUUCAGGAUCUUUCAGGACUUUUGCAUCAAGUUCAAGAAAGCUGUUAAGGAUAACAUGGAUCGUGAGUUGAAGGAAGCGGCCAGACAGCGCCGUCUGAGAGAGCUGGAGGAGAAGCGCUUCGCCUGGUCGGAGGCCGAUCAGACCGGAGGGUUCGGUCGCAGCAGCAGCGAGAACGACGUGGAGAUGCUCACCAAGGAGGGUCUUCUGGACUUCUUCCAGGCCAGGUCUCAGAGUCCCCACAGCCCGCUGGGGCGUUCCGCCAGCGCCCGCCGCCACCGCCACACCAUGACCUCCAUCGCCGACCGGGAGCUCCGCGGAUACCUGGAGCUGUUCGGGAACGGGAAUCCCGCCGACUAUUCCAAGUUCAACAGCCUGCCUCGGUCGGGCCGCCCCGUCCAGCGGAGGACGACGCCCUGGAUCCUAGCCCAGGACAACAACCGGGAGCUGGGCUGCGACAGACCGGUCACGUCGCCGCACGCAGAGACUGAGCCCAUCAGCCCCCUGGCCAGGUUCUCCUCCUCCGGGAUGAACGAUAAUGAGGACCCGUAUAACAACAACAACAAUUACUCAUCGGUGUCGGAGAGCAGUGCGCUGCCUCGUCCCUUCUGCGUCUUUCAGAAGUCUGCCCACCUUCCCAACCCGACCAUUACCAACCACAUGAACGUUAGCGUGGAGAAGCAUACUUUAGUCCGAGGCCCGCAGGCUUUCGAGCUGCCCAGCCCGAACAACAACAGUAAUCAUCUGCACUUUGUCAACCAAGGCGACGCUGCGGUGACGGAUUUAGACGAGGAGAGACCAGCCUCUCCGAAGAAUCUGGACGAUCUUCGACAGGGAGCAGAUCAAGAGGCAUCAUGGGAAGGUAAAGGGGAACCCCCCGCCCAGGCCGGGCCCCCUGCUGAGAGAGAGAAAGAAGAGGACUACAGCACAGUUUCAUCAACCACUUGUGAUAUUCCCCUACCGCUAGACACCUCCGCGUCCAAUAAGAAGCCGGUGUUUUACAUCCUGGACUGCACAGAGACGGACUGCUCCGUCACCCUGGAUUACUCCGAGGCGGACUCCGGACUUCACUUCAGAACAACAGACUGCAGCAGAGAUCAGGGCAGCCAGCAGGACCCCAGCUCCCUGUCCUCCAAUCUGGAGUCCAUGUCCCCCAACGACCAGUCGGUCUCCACCAGCGACCUCUCGGCGCCAAAAUCGGCAGACGCGGCGUCCAUGACGCCGUCCGCCACCACGGAGGAGUGGGACACGGAGAGCUGCGACACCGCAGAGGGGAAGCAGCAGGCGGCGGAGAAGGACGCCCAGGGAGUCGGCAGGAAACCAGCAAACGCAAAGAGCAAAGCCAACAAAGUGACGAAGAGCGGCAGCGGCCGGGCGGUGCGAACGCUGACCAGCAGCGAGAACCAGGGCAUGCGGAAGGUCGUCCCCAUCACCAAGCUCGCCAGGACGGGCAGCAGCAAGCGGACGGAGCGGCCGCCGGCGCCCGAGGGCGGGGACGGCCGCAGGCCCUUCCGAGACCAGAGCACCCCGGCGAGAGGAAGGAGCGAGAAGACGACCAGGCCGCCUCGCCACUCCAGUCUGCCCCCCGAGGAGUCGAAGUCCCAGAGGGCGAGCGGCGCCACGGGCAUCAUCACCAGAUGGGCGCGAGACGCGAUGCCCCGGAAAGCCUCCCUCAGCAAGCCGAGCGCCAAACCGCUGCGCAACAUCCCCAAGCCGGCGCCCGAGGAGAAGAUGUGCCGCUCCACGAUGCGAGCCCUCGCCCAGGCCCAGGCCGGGGCCUCCUCUGAGAACACCGCCUCGCUGACGCACAGCGCCGCCAGGAACACGUCCUCCGACAUCCCCAGCUUCGCCCGCAACACCGUGGCCUCGUCCUCCAGAACCAAGAGGGAGCUGGGCCCCGUGUCCGUCCCCUCCACGCCGUCCCGCAGCCCCUCGCUCAUGGGCCGGAACGCGUCCGUGAAGCAGAAUCGGGUUUUGCCCACGGCGCACGGCGGCGAGGAGCGGCCGCCGGGGACGAGCCUGCGCCGGGUGCAAAGCGUGCGGGCGGCGAGCCGCAGCAGCUACCGCAGCGAGACGCCGCCCCCGCCGCCGGCGCGCGAGGACGCCCGCAAGGGCAGCGUCUUUUCGGAGAAGUCGGCGCAGCCCAGAGACUCGGCGGCUUCCGGCAGGAACGCCAAGCCCAGCUGGAAGUGACGGCGGACGCCACGAGCAGGCAGUGACUGAGGGAGUAAAUCCAGAUCUGAGCGCUUCAUCCUGUCAUAUCAUGCAAAGUACAAGAGUCUCAGUCACACCUGACGCUGUCUCGCCCUGUAAGGUUCCCUAUCAGGUUCGCUCAGAGCAAGAUGCAAUGAACUUUUCAACACGUCUGCAUUUUGUUUGUGCAAAAACAAAACACACACAAAAAAGAAGAAACAAUUCACAACUUCCUUUUUUUUCUUAAAGGGGGGCAUUAAGUAAACUGACAAAUGGCAAACUGGCUUUUUUUUUUUUUUUUUUUAACAGAUGCCUUUUUGCCUGCUUAGCUGUCUAUAAGCCGUAUGUCUGCUGUCGAUGUCCAACACUACUAUAUAAUGCUGCUAAUUAGCUCUCGACAAUUUGAGACUGAGUUUCAGUGUCUGUUCCAUUCAGGGUUACGAGAUUGGUCGUAUCUUACCUUGCUGCUGUUU